AUGAAUUCUUCUUAAAAGAAAAGGGAAACAAAUACGAACCACAUGGUAUCAAAUCGACCCGAUUUCGACCCGACUCUCACGGAGCCACCGCUGGGCUGUAGCGAUCGCCAUAACCGCUGCUUUUAUUACUCUUCCUUGGAGCAAAUAGAGAGCCCAAAAAAAAUAAUAAAAACAAACAAAACAAAGAAAAUGCACUUGAGCGAAAACGAAGGAUUUGAGGGUAAAACCUUUGUGGUGACCGGUGGCCUUGGUUUCGUCGGCUCCGCCCUCUGCUUCGAACUGGUCCGUCGUGGUGCUCGACAGGUCCAUUCCUUCGACUGCCGUGCAACGUCUCCUUGGUCCUACGAUCUCAUCACCCGCGGAGUCCACUGUAUUCAAGGGGAUCUUGUGAGCCAAAAAGAUGUUGAAAAAGCUUUGCGAGGUGCGGAUUGCGUGUUUCAUCUGGCUUCUUUUGGUAUGUCAGGGAAAGAAAUGCUCCAGUUUGGCCGUGUAGAUGAGGUCAACAUAACUGGAACCUGCCAUGUGUUGGAUGCUUGUCUGGAGUUUGGCAUCCCAAGGCUUGUAUAUGUGAGCACAUAUAAUGUUGUGUUUGGGGGAAAGGAGAUUAAGAAUGGCAAUGAGGCUUUGUCUUAUUUCCCAAUCGAUGACCAUGUUGAUCCAUAUGCUCGUAGUAAAUCAAUUGCUGAACAGUUGGUUCUCAAGACAAAUGGGCGUCCCUUUAAGAAGGAUGAUAGGAAGCAUCUCUAUACCUGUGCAAUUCGCCCAGCUGCAAUCUAUGGACCAGGUGAAGAAAGACAUCUUCCAAGAAUAAUAUCUCUGGCAAAGUUAGGUUUGUUGCCUUUCAAGAUUGGUGAAGCAACUGUUAAAACAGAUUGGAUUUAUGUUGAUAACCUUGUACUUGCACUCUUAUUGGCAAGCGUGGGGCUCUUAGAUGAUAUUCCUGGAAAAGAAAGGAAGCCAGUAGCUGCUGGUCAGCCAUACUUUGUGUCUGAUGGCCAUCCAGUGAACAGCUUUGAAUUUCUCAAACCUUUGCUCAGAAGUUUGGAUUAUGACUUGCCAAAGCCUUCCCUAUCUGUACCUCAAGCUUUAUUUCUGGGGAAAAUUUUCUGGGCAGUCUAUACGAUAUUAUAUCCAUGGCUAAAUAGAUGGUGGCUUCCGCAGCCACUUAUCCUUCCUGCUGAAGUAUACAAGGUUGGGGUAACCCAUUACUUCUCUUUCCUUAAAGCCAAGGAGGAGCUUGGUUAUGUUCCAAUGGUGACGCCAAGGGAGGGUAUUGCUAAAACCAUCUCGUACUGGCAGGAAAGAAAAAGGAAAAGCCUGGAUGGACCUACUGUAUAUGCGUGGUUAUUUGCUGUGAUUGGAAUGGUUUUACUAUUUUUUGUUGCUUGCUUGCCAGACAUAGGACCUGUGCCACAUCUCAGAGCCUUCACUUUGUUCUUCUUCCGGUCAAUGCUGGUAGCAAGAAUAGUGUUGGCACUAGGUGUUGCAUUACAUAUUGGUGAGGCAAUUUAUGCGUGGUACCUGGCAAAGAAGGUAGAUCCUGCUAAUGCAAAGGGAUGGUUUUGGCAGACACUUGCUCUUGGGAUAUUUUCGUUGCGUCUUCUGUUAAAGAGAGCAAGAAAUUAGAUGUGCUACUCUUAAUUUGUUGUUGUAAUGCAUGAAAGACGGUAAAACAGUAGCUUCUUAGAUUCAAACAAGUUUGCUGAAAGUGUGAUUUUAACACACACUCAACCUACAUUUUCUUUUUUUUUUUGUGAAAUAUUUGUGUGGAUUCACAUAUAAGAAAUUAUUAGAAAGGUCAAAGAAUUGAGUUAUUUGAAGGUA